AUAUUCUGUUGGUCAUCUGUCCAGACCUGUGCGAGAUUCAUCUCCCAUCACAGACAUGUUACGAGCUGCCGUUGUAUUGUUCACUAUGCUAACGAUUCACAGUGCUUUUGCUGACCCACGGGUAAAUAUUUUACUCUCGUUUUCAAAGAUAGGCAUAAACCAAACCUAAAGAAAUAGACAAUUGAGUCACGUGAACUCUAUAUAAAGACCAGGAUUUCGUCUUCUUCUAUUCUUUUAUGAUUUUUCGCACAGUUCGGCAUAGUCAUAAAAUCAUAACAAGUUAUACGCGGUGCAAAAUAGUAACAGCCUUGCACUGGAAGGAGUUUGUCGGCGUAGUCGUCAUCUAUUCUACGUGAAGACAUGCAAAGUUACAUGUUCCUUCUCCACUAAAGAAUUCGUCCUCUGACCCUGACGAGACGGUGGGCGAGACUUUGGUAUUACCAAGUGUUUACACCAAUGAAGCUACUGAAAGCGGCUAGUUUUGUGCACCACCAUCACUCCGUCACUGCCACAGAACUAACCUUUGCCGACACCGCACAAAACCACGCUCGCCUGGUACAGAUACCACUAAUUCCACCAGAAACCAUUGACUCCGAUGCGAAAAUUGUAGUUAAGAUGUCGAUCGGAACUGUCACAGAUAUCGGCGAAGGAGAAAGUGACUCUUCAUACGUUAUCUCAGAUGGCCAUCACUUCAUUGGUGCUUUGAUUCGUGACAAGAGCAACUACAAAACUGGAGCUCCUUGUCGCGGUAUUGAAGGAUCCAGUGGUAAAACUAUGGGAUUCGAAAGCCGCCGGGAUUCCGAGUUGCCGAAGCCUUCCGAGUCUAAGUAUCCGGGAAGGAUCGAGGAACUUGUUUCAUUUCUCUGGAUGGUGGUUUUAGCAGGGAAAUGAUUUUCGAACACAAGCUGAAUCCACAUAAUGGCUUGUUCCUGGAGAUUUAUAUCGGCAGAAGCUCAAAGAAAAUAAGCUUUAAGUACAUUGAAGUCAGUAUAGUACAGGAAAAUUAAAAUGAGUGUAAGCCUUACGUCAUUUUAAGACCUUUUAAUGAAAACACCUAAAAGUUAAAACUUUGAGAUUUUUUGCCUCAUUUAAAUCAAGAAAUAGAAGAUAAUUAAUCAAAUAAAUGUUAAAAACCUGCAAAGACUGGCUGUUGAUAUAACAGUGAUGUAAAAUUUAUCACUUUUAAUCAAAAUUUCUCGAUAGUAUUCUUCUGGUUUGGGCUUUUUGUUCUUUACACGUUCUUGUUUUAUCAGAGAGCGACUGAAAUUAAUUGCUUUUUACAUCUUAUAAAUGAGUUGCUCAAUAACCUGUUUUCAACUGACUAGAAGUUCGAAUUUCAACUUCAGUUUUAUCAUAAACUUGUGAUGAAAGCGAUGAAAUGGAAGCCACACAUAGCAAUAGAUUCUGUCUUCGUAUUGAAAACCAAAAUGAGCGAUUCGUCAGUUAACCCUUCACCCCAUAAAAAUACGCUUCUUCGAAGAAGUCCCAAGAGAAUACAGUCAACUUUCUCUUAACGGACACCUCUAUAAGACGGACACCUGGUGCUGGUCACGGCCAUUUCUCAGUUAUUUUACUAUAACCAAACUCUCUAUUAGACGGACACCUCCAUAAGACGGACAACGGACACUUUGAAAUCGUCAACGGACACUUGUGAGGUGUUGAAUGUGACCACAAGAAAAAUUCUUAAAUUACCAAGUACGUGACUCUUUUUAACACCAGACUUUUAAUUGACAGCUCUCUUCACUGUUUGGACUCUAUUUAACCCGUUAACUAUUGAUUGUAAUAUGGCAAGAGAUUGAAGUUUAUAACUAUGUUUUUGUUCCAGUUUGUAGGUUUCGUUCAAGCCGAAUAACUUAAAACAAACUUUAAACAGACGUGUAUUCACUGUGCACAGGUUCAGCAUUAUUAUCUUAAAAUUCCUGGGGUCAUAUAACGUCGACUGUCUACAAGCCGGACACCUCUCUAAGACAGACAGCUGAGGCCGGUCCCUAUGGUGUCCAUCUUAGAGAGAGUUGACUGUAAACAUGGCUUCUUAUAUGGCCACAUAAUCGACAUGAUCAUGCCCCACCAUUUUUGUGCACACUGUGCGGCCCUAUAUAGUUUUGAGAAACGGAUGUGGUCAGCGGACUAAAAAUUUUGGCGGGAAACGAGCCAAGGAAGGCGAUCGAUCGUUCUACAAGCGAAAAAUGUCGUCCCGGCAUGUGAUUACAAAUGUUGCCGAUGAUACUUCAAGGGAUGAUCUUGCUCUUUUCGAUGACGAUGAUCCUUUCAAUCUUCCACCGCCCCUGCCGCCCCUAUCGCCUCAACGCGAGGAAGACGGCACAAACCAAGAUGGCGAAACGGUGCAAGGAGGUCAGGAUGCAGGCGAUGGAGACAAGAAGGAAUCGAACAAGAAACGAAAAGUUAAGAGAUCACCAAGACCGAAACUAGAUGAAGUGAGGUUGUGUGGUGAUCGAGGUAUUCCAGCUCUAUGCCACCUUUGUGAUGACAUCAAGUUUAAAGGAAAAGGCCAUGAGGUAACUAAGAAGUGCCAAAUUGUCAGACAUAGUGAAUAAUCCUGUAGAAAACCCUUACUACACAAUGAGGUCCUUAAAGCAUAUCAGAACUUUGUUUAACAAUCCUUGAUCUGACAUGUACAGAGCUUGCACAAAGAUCUAAGUAAAGAUCCUUCAGGAUUGUCAAGGAUUCCUUGUUUUGCAGGAUCUUGAAAUAAAUUUGUUUGAGGAUACUGCAGGAUCUUGUAUAUAUCUGCUUGAAUCCUGCAAAAGACAAAGUUUUUUUAAGGAUCUGGCAAGAUCCUCAAAAAAUUACUUAAUGAUAACAGCUCUUAAAGGAUUGUCAAAAAGAUCCUCAUACUUACUGAAGAUCUCUCAAACAGUUUCACCAGGGAAGGAUAAAGAUUUACUGCAUGUUUAUUUAUGCUGUAAACAUGUCAUUUCAUGGAGUAUAUAGAUGGGUAGGAGUUGGGUUAACCCCUAUUAAAGAUGUUG